UUCGGCUAAAAAUAAUAAUAAUAAUAAUAACUGAGCAUUUUCAGUUAUUAAAUUAACCCCUGGAAAUUGGUCCAGUUUGAGAGUUCCCCUCCAAGAGGUCAUGGAUGUCUUAGAACUUGUGGUAUUUUCGCUAGAGGCAGCAGCAGGCUACGAGGGUCUCGUUGACACUUGUCCCCUUCAUUUGUUAAACGUUCCUUUGGGCUUGGCCAGGGGUUUCUGGGGGACAUGGAACAGCCACCCCCUGGGGAGAGAGCUAAUUCUCAGGGACAUGUGGAUGCAUAGUUUAGACUGUCUCACAAUUUGCGAGACACGGUGAGAGAAAGAAGAGGAUUUUGAAAAGGAGAGAAUGUUAAAAUGGGAACGUCCAGCAGGCAGAGGAGCUUGUAAUCCUAGCAAGCCCGGGGGGCGGGAGCUGCGGUGGUUGGUAACUCCUGCAUAACCUGUAGUUAGGUGAGAAACGGAAUUUCUGCGGCACGCUCGGCAUCCGGGCGCUCCGUGUCCACCCAGGAUGAGCAGCCUUGUGACCGUCCUCUGGGCAGAUGGCCAGGAAGUGGAGGUAGCAACGUGAUGCCCCUCUCCUUUCUACCGCUGUGCGGGCACCAUGUCAGUGCGGGGGAUGCUGGGAAGUGACCCACACGUCCCUCCUGUAGAAUCUCUUCUGUACGGCGGAGUGGAGUCUGGAAGCAUGGAAUAGACUGAUUUUCCAGGCAGCUACAUGCAAACGGAGGGAGAUUGGAUGCUCCAGCUGCUCUUGGACAGAGGGACCCAAGGUUGGAAACUGGCCCCUGUGUUCAUGAGGAUUCUGCGACUUCCGCUCCGGGUGGCUGACUGGAGAUACACAUAGACUUGUUUUGAAUCCUAGUUCUGCCACUUAGCAGCUUGGUGACCCUGCGCAGGUUACCUGCCCUGUGUGUUCCCUUCCCAGCCCCCCCACUUUCCAUAUUCACCUAUUGUGUUUCCAGAAUAAAAUGACAGAAAAAUAAUUUUUUCUGUCUUCAUUGGGGUAUUGUCGACAAAUAAGAAUUGUCUAAGGUGCACGCCUUAGUUUCUUUAUUGGUAAGAUUGGGAUUAAAAUAGCUCGGGGCGAGGUGGAAGCGUUCAUGAAGAGGCUCGCGGUUUGUGGGCUGCUGGUGUUACUGAGGACCCUCCCUCCCGUCCCCACCGCACAAUCAGAUGCGUUGUGUGUUCUUCAGGCUUUGCCAAUGGGAAAUUCCCCAGCUUCCCAAGAAGCGGGGCUGCUUUGCUGGCUGGGAGGGAAGGGGCCUUCUGUGCUGUGGUCUGGGUCACUUCUGUGCUAAUCUAGCAUCUGUCACUGGUCUAAGGUGACGCUGGUUCCAAAGCAUAUGCCCUGCGGGUGUCUUGAAUGCCCAGGAAGCGGGUCCCUGGGAGCCUUCCCAGCUCCCUUUCUGGCUUUCUGCCCACCCACAGGAGGCUCAGGUGUGUGCUCUUCCUACACCAUUUUCUGACACAGGAUGAUCAGAAUUCAGGCGCUUGCGUUGCCUGCUCUGGUGUCACAUGGUGUGGGUUGGAAAAUACCCUUCCUGCCUCUCGAGCCCUGGUCCCGGCGAGUAUACGCCCAGCGCUGGGCCGUGGGCCCCACCGGUCAGCCCCAGUCCCAGCCCGCCUGUGCGCCGCCUCCUCAGCUCCAUGCUGCUCCCUGGGAAAAUACAGUUGGGCAGAUAAACGAUGAGAUAACCGUGCUGGCCUUGCUCAGCAUUGUGGUUCUGUCUGCUGUGUUUUUUCACCCACACCUGUUUUCUUCCAGGAUUUGCUUGUCUUUUUAAUGCUCUCUACUUAGCCAAGCAUUUGUGGUUUUUCUUUCACCUUGACCCUUUCUUUCCCCGAUAAGCCAUCCACCUUCUCCUUCCUCUCCCACCACUUCUCCCCAGAGUCAUUCGUUUUGUACGCUGUACCGUCUCUGACGAGCCUCACUCCGUCCUACCCGCCUGUUUGCUGCUUCUCACCUCUGCUCUUGAUCUCAGGGAGUGGUGUCUGUGUCGGGGGGUGGGGGGGGGCAGGCUUCCCAGGGCCUUGGCAGUCAGGUGAGGCCUGCAGUGCAUUUUCUCAUGAAGCCCCCUGCCUGGGCUUGAACUUCUCCCUGGCAGUGGCCACCCUGCUGUCUGCAGACUACUGUUCGCCUACCUGCCCGUGCUCCCCCAUCACUACCCUCAGCCCCUCGGGGGAUGGCGUCAAAAGUGGGGUUGUUUCCUUGGGAUACAGUGGAAAUUGUAUUUUCUAAAAUUCACUGUUGGUAAAAUAGCUCUUGGGCCCUUGAAUUUGACUUAUUAUCUUCCCUCAGUACCGUCUUGUGUGUUAUGUUUUUCAGGUAGCAGAUAGUUUGGUAAAUAGGAAUUAUUUUCAGUGUAAUUGCAAUUUCAAAUAAACCUUAAAUUUUCUUAUUCAUUUCUCUGAAAAUUAGUAAUACAGAGAUGGAAAGAACUGUGCCUGUCAUAAAGUUACUGUGACGUUCUGAGGAUAGCACAUCACAUCAUAAGCACUAUAUACGUGUUGCUAUUAUUAGUGAAUUUUGAAGUUGUUAUUGUGUGCAUAGAUUACCUAGACUCACUCCCUCUUUCUUGCUCCCCCUCUCCCCCGAAAUUCAUCCAUCUAAGACAGAGAACUACACACCGUUCUGUGGCUAUUUGGUGAAUAGUGUAUUGGACUUUGUAGGUAGCAUUGCUCUUCCUCCUAGAAAUUUUUUAAAAGAUACUUCUUGGUCUUGCUCUCCUCAGAUGCUUAACCAGAAUGGGAACUCAGUAUUUGUAGGCAGCCUAAUCAGUUGUGGGAACCACAACUCAAUAUCAACAGUAUAUGCUGUCAUGUCUUCUUUUCCAGUGUUACUACCUCUUUUACACCUUAUGCUAUUUACAAAUGCUGUUAUGUAAUUUGGGGAAUCUCAAAGAUUUAAUGCUACUUUUAUUUUUUAUUUUUAUUUAUUUUUUUAAAGAUUUUAUUUAUUUAUUUGACAGAGAGAGACACAGCGAGAGAGGGAACACAAGCAGGGGGAGGGGGAGAGGGAGAAGCAGGCUUCCUGCCAAGCAUGGAGCCCGAUGCGGGGCUCGAUCCCAGGACUCUGGGAUCGUGACCUGAGCCGAAGGCAGACGCUUGACGACUGAGCCACCCAGGCGCCCCUUAAUGCUACUUUUAAUCAUGGUGUCUGUUCAGUUCUGGCUGGGGCAGUGGGAGUCAGGGGCUAGCUCCGCACCAGACCCUGAAGCCCAAACAGUGCCCCUUGCUCUCUUGUGGCCCCCCGCCUCAUUCCCUCAUCAGUAAAAAGAAGGGUUUGGACCAGAUUCUCUGGAGCUCGAGAACUUUAAAACCCCACAUUGCCUCUUCUUGUUGCCUUGGAAGGAAGGGCUAGACCAGCACCAUCCAAUAAAAAUAGAAUGUAAGCCACUUAAUGUAAUUUUAAAUUUUCUAGUAGCUACAUUAAAAGAAAAGGCGAAAUUAAUUUUAAUAAAGUUUUCUUUAGCCCAAUGAACCUGACAUUAUCGUGUCAACAUGUAAUCAACAUAAAAAUGAUUAGAUAUUUUACUUUUUUUUUUUGCUCUGCUACGUCUUUGAAAUCCAGUGUGUCCUUACACUUAGAGCACAUCUUCAUUUGGACUAGCCACAUUUCCAGUCCUCGGUAGCCAUGGGACUAAUGGCUGCCAUCAGGGGCAGUGUGGGGCUUUCUGGAGCACCUGGAGUCAGCCCUAGGACCCGCUCGUGUCCGGUGGAGCCACGGCCUACAUCCUCAGUCAGCCUUUUCACUCUGUGGCUGGAAUUUAGAAGAAAGCAGGGACCAACAGGAGAUCCUCUGAACUUGGGUCUUUUUGGAAUAGAAGAUGAACUCAACUGAAUUCAGUGAAGAUGUAGAAGAAGUUCUAAAAAAUAACACUGUGAAAGUGGAGACAGAGGCCGAAGAUGCUGCCCUGGACUGCUCGGUGAGCUCCAGGUCUUCCGAGAAGCACCCUCUGGACAGCGUCUUCACUGCCCUCCAGGAUUCCAGCAAGCGAAAGCAGCCGGGCGGCGAUGGCCAGCCUGACUCUGUCCCCAGCGUGAAGAGGCGGCGGCUGAUUCCCGAGGCCCUCCUAGCAGGCAUGCGGAACCGGGAGAACAGCUCGCCCUGCCAGGGCAACGGGGAGCAGGCCGGCAGGGGCAAGAGCCUGGGCUCGGCGUGGCCCGGCGAGGAGGAGCCCUGCAACGAUGGGAGCACGCCGUCCUACAAGAAGCCUCUGUAUGGCAUCUCACACAAGAUCAUGGAGAAGAAGAACCCUCCCGCCGGCGACGUGCUCAGCACGUACGAGCUCUUCGACAAGGCCAACUCCAGCAACAGCCCGUCGCCGCUGCGGCUCCUGAACGAGCCCCAGAAGCGGGACUGUGGCGGCGCCGCGGCCGCCACCGACGCCGACCCCAACAUCUACUUUCUGAUCCAGAAGAUGUUCUACAUGCUCAACACGCUCUCUUCCAACAUGUCGCAGCUGCACAGCAAGGUGGACCUGCUCUCCCUGGAGGUGAGCCGCAUCAAGAAGCAGGUGAGCCCCACCGAGAUGGUGGCCAAGUUCCAGCCGCCCCCCGAGUACCAGCUCACGGCGGCGGAGCUCAAGCAGAUCGUGGACCAGAGCCUGUCGGGCGGCGACCUGGCCUGCCGCCUGCUGGUGCAGCUCUUCCCCGAGCUCUUCAGCGACGUGGACUUCUCGCGCGGCUGCAGCGCGUGCGGCUUCGCGGCCAAGCGGAAGCUGGAGUCGCUGCACCUGCAGCUCAUCCGCAACUACGUGGAGGUCUACUACCCCUCGGUGAAGGACACGGCCGUGUGGCAGGCCGAGUGUCUGCCCCAGCUGAACGACUUCUUCAGCCGCUUCUGGGCCCAGCGGGAGAUGGAGGACAGCCAGCCCGGCGGCCAGGUGGCCGGCUUCUUCGAGGCCGAGCAGGUGGACGCCAGCCACUUCCUGGACAGCAAGGACCAGGAGGAGGCCCUGUCCCUGGACCGGAGCAGCACGAUCGCCUCAGACCACGUGGUGGACACGCAGGACCUCACCGAGUUCCUGGACGAAGCGUCGUCCCCCGGCGAGUUCGCCGUCUUCCUCCUGCACCGGCUCUUCCCCGAGCUCUUCGACCACCGGAAGCUGGGCGAGCAGUACAGCUGCUACGGGGACGGCGGCAAGCAGGGGCUGGACCCGCAGCGGCUGCAGAUCAUCCGCAACUACACGGAGAUCUACUUCCCCGACAUGCAGGAGGAGGAGGCCUGGCUGCAGCAGUGCGCCCAGCGCCUCAACGACGAGCUCGAGGGCCUGGCGCUGGACGGCGGCAGCGAGGGCGAGCCCGCGCGCGACGACUGCUACGACUCCUCCAGCCUGCCCGACGACGUCUCCGUGGUCAAGGUGGAAGACAGCUUCGAGGGCGAGCGGCCGGGCCGGCGCUCCAAGAAGAUCUGGCUGGUGCCCAUCGACUUCGACAAGCUGGAGAUCCCGCAGCCCGACUUCGAGGUGCCGGGCGCCGACUGCCUGCUGAGCAAGGAGCAGCUGCGCAGCAUCUACGAGAGCAGCCUGUCCAUCGGCAACUUCGCCUCGCGCCUGCUGGUGCACCUCUUCCCCGAGCUCUUCACGCCCGACAACCUGCGCAAGCAGUACAACUGCAGCGGCUCCCUGGGCAAGAAGCAGCUGGACCCGUCCCGCAUCAGGCUCAUCCGCCACUACGUGCAGCUGCUGUACCCGCGCGCCAAGAACGACCGCGUCUGGACGCUGGAGUUCGUGGGCAAGCUGGACGAGCGCUGCCGGCGCCGCGACACGGAGCAGCGGCGCUCCUACCAGCAGCAGCGCAAGGUCCACGUGCCGGGCCCCGAGUGCCGGGACCUGACGAGCUAUGCGGUCAACCCCGAGAGGUUCCGAGAGGAAUUCGAGGGGCCCCCGCUGCCCCCCGAAAGAAGCAGCAAGGACUUCUGCAAGAUCCCCCUGGACGAGCUGGUGGUUCCCUCGCCCGACUUCCCGGUGCCUUCGCCGUACCUGCUGUCGGACAAGGAGGUGCGCGAGAUCGUGCAGCAGAGCCUGUCGGUGGGCAACUUCGCCGCCCGGCUCCUGGUCAGGCUCUUCCCGGAACUCUUCACCGCCGAGAACCUGCGGCUGCAGUACAACCACUCGGGCGCCUGCAACAAGAAGCAGCUGGACCCCACGCGCCUGAGGCUCAUCCGGCAUUACGUGGAGGCCGUGUACCCGGUGGAGAAGAUGGAGGAGGUGUGGCACUACGAGUGUAUCCCGAGCAUCGACGAGCGGUGCCGCCGCCCCAACAGGAAAAAAUGCGACAUCCUGAAGAAAGCCAAGAAGGUGGAGAAGUGAUGGGCGCGCCGGGGACUGAGCGUUCUGGCGGAGCGCGCCCGCGGGAUCCACAGACACGCACCUUACGUCGGUGGGGAGUGGCUCACUGCAUUUGCACACGUCGACACCACCCAGCCACAGGAAAGGAGCCUUGCGUUUGGUCU